AUGAACGUGCACAAGCUUUGGGAAUACAAGGAAUACAUAAGCGUGAAUGGCUUUAGACUCACCAGUGAGCUGAUUUCUAUACUGCAAAAUUCUCUUACUCUCUUACAAGUGGAGAACCAUUUCGCUCAUAUCCAGUAUUGGGGGCAGAUAUACGCGCUUAGCACUGAUUAUCAUAUAGCUGUCGGAAUCACCAACGACGCGAUUACAGACAGAAAAUAUUUCUACACCACAGACUUCAAGUUCUGGGGCUUGCUGCCCAAAGCCAAGAGAAAAUACAAGAUGCUGUCUCUCAUCACGUUCUUUCCAUUCCACGGGAAUCCCGCAUUGAAGAUCAAGGUUCUGGACGAAUCUUUAGAGGAAAAUAACCCCGAUAGAUGCCAAUACAUGAAGGAAGAAAAUCGAUUAGCUGCUACCAUAGCCAAUAUUUGCGACGAAGCGGAAAUAUGCGCUCGCGGACAAAUAAUUAAGCAACCUGACGGCACAGUUGUCAUCAACCCAAAUUUCUAUGGUUUAAACUCUGCUGAAGCGAAACAACUGAAGUCUUAUCUCCAUAUAAGACCAGCCCAGCAACGUUGGAACACUAAUCUUCUGACCAGACCUGAUUACAAUUACAGCAUGGACUUUUUGGACUCCAUAGAUCAGGAUAUACCGAACGGCUGUUGGAAUCUGUCGCUCGAGCAGUCGGGCACCGUGGCUUAUUUGAAAAGCCUCUACUGGCCCGGUAUGACGUAUUUUCAUAAUGUCCAAACCAAAGAUGCUGGUUUCCUGUACAUUGGGAACGGGCGGAAAAAUUUGGAUGUUCCUUUCCUUUUGUAA